AUGGAAAAGUUCUUCAACCCAUCAGGAACUUCACUUUUGGUACCAUCAGUUCAAGAGUUGGCUAAAGAGAGUAUAUCUAAUCUUCCACAAAGAUAUAUUCAGCCUCAACAUGGACAAGAAAUGGUGCUCACUCAAGAACUUAAUCAUACCCUUCAGAUUCCAGUAAUUGACAUGCAGAGGUUGCUUUCUCAACAAUCUGGGACUUCAGAAUUGAAUAAGCUUCACCUUGCUUGCAAGGAAUGGGGAUUCUUCCAGCUUAUAAAUCAUGGGGUUAGUGAUUCCUUGGUGGAGAAAGUAGAGUUGGAGAUUAAGGAAUUCUUCAACCUUCCAAUGUCAGAGAAGAAAAAGUUUUGGCAGAGUCCAGAACAUAUGGAGGGAUUUGGACAAUUAUUUGUUGUCAGUGAAGAUCAAAAACUUGAUUGGAAUGAUAUGUUCUUUAUGACCACCCUUCCUACACAAUCCAGAAUGCCCCACUUAUUUUCACAACUCCCUCUUUCUCUCAGAGAAACACUAGAGGUUUAUUCAGAGAAAGUGAAAGAUCUAAGCACGAUGAUAAUUGGGCAUAUGGGAAAAGCUUUAGGGAUAGAAGAAAUGGAAUUGAGAGAAAUGUUUGAAGAUGGGAUACAGACGAUGAGGAUGAACUAUUACCCUCCCUUUCCUGAACCAGAAAAGGUGAUUGGUAUCACAAAUCAUUCAGAUGCAGUAGCUCUAACCAUCCUCUUACAACUCAAUCAAGUUGAAGGACUGCAGAUAAGAAAAGAUGGCAGGUGGGUUCCUGUUAGGCCCUUGCCUAAAGCCUUUGUUGCUAAUGUUGGUGACAUCAUGGAGAUUAUUACAAAUGGAAUAUAUCGAAGUAUUGAGCAUCGUGCAACAGUGAAUUCUGAGAAGGAAAGACUUUCAUUAGGAACAUUUUAUAGCCCUAGACAUGAUGUUGAAAUAGGUCCUUGGAAAAGCUUGAUCACUGAAGAAACUCCACCACAAUACAAAAGAAUUAGAGUAGAUCAGUAUUUUAAAGAGUUUUUUGCUCGGAAACUUGAAGGAAAGUCUUACAGAGAUGCCAUGAGAAUGGAACAUAAUUGA